AUAUAUUCUUCCCUUUCAUACAACUCCUCCUCUGAUCCCUUCGUCCCUUUUGUUUCCUAUUUAUCUGUUACUCUUCCCCUUUCUAAUUCAUUACUUCGUCAAUUUGUUUGAGUUGGUAGAUCGGAUAUCUCUAUCUAUCUACGAUUUAGGGUUUCAGAUUUCUUUGUCUUUUGUCGAAUUUGUUUUUUUUGUUUUUUUUUUCCUGAAGUUUGGAUUGAGCCUCCCAUCGUGGGGAGGGUUAGUAUGGGCGGUGGUAGUGAUUCAGGCGAGGCAAACAGUGCGAAAGGUGGUACUGGCGUUUCCGUUCACAUCCGAUGUUCGAACGGUUCAAAGUUCUCUGUGCAGACUAGUCUUGAAUCUACCGUCGGAACAUUCAAAACUCUUCUUGCACAGAAUUGUGAUAUUCCAGCGGAGCAGCAGCGGUUGAUUUACAAGGGGCGGAUCCUUAAAGAUGACCAAACCCUAGAAAGCUAUGGUUUGCAGGGAGAUCACACAGUUCACCUGGUUCGUGGAUUUGCACCACCUUCAUCAACCAGUACCACUGGGACAGCCAAUGUAGGAGGAGGUCCAAACACCACUCCUGUUGUUGGUUCCAAUGAGGGUGCAGGCGUUGGUGGUGGUCUUGGAGCGUCUCUUUUUCCUGGACUUGGUGUCAAUGGGCUGGGUGGCAGUGGGGUAUCUGGUUUAUUUGGAACUGGGCUUCCUGAAUUUGAACAAGUGCAGCAACAACUGACUCAGAAUCCAAACAUGAUGAGAGAAAUAAUGAACAUGCCUGUUAUUCAGAACCUAAUGAAUAAUCCUGAUCUAAUGCGCAAUUUGAUUAUGAGCAAUCCUCAAAUGCGUGAAAUUAUUGAUCGGAAUCCUGACCUUGCCCACAUCCUAAAUGAUCCAAGCACUCUUCGACAGACAUUGGAAGCUGCAAGAAACCCUGAACUCAUGAGGGAGAUGAUGCGGAACACUGACAGAGCAAUGAGCAACAUUGAAUCUUCUCCUGAAGGAUUCAACAUGCUUAGGCGCAUGUAUGAAACUGUUCAGGAACCAUUUCUGAAUGCAACUACCAUGGCUGGAAACACUGGAAAUGAUUUGGGUUCAAACCCAUUUGCGGCCCUUUUGGCGGACCAAGGUGGUGGCCAGGCCAGAGACCCGUCAACCAACUCUACAACCACUGGUUCUGAAAGAACAACUGGUUCUCCUGCACCAAAUAUAAACCCACUUCCCAAUCCGUGGAACCCUGGUGGAGGAAGUGCGCAGACGAACACUACUACUAUGUCAAAUCCUGCUGGGGAUGGAAGGGCACCUGGACUUGGUGGAUUAGCUGGGCUUGGUCUUCCAGAGAUGGAACGUAUGUUUGGUGGCAUGCAGGAUUCCUCUCAAAUGAAUCAAUUCGUACAAAAUCCUGCUGUUUCACAGAUAAUGCAAAGCCUUCUCUCUAACCCCCAGUACAUGAACCAGAUUCUUGGUGUCAAUCCGCAACUGCGCAGCAUGCUUGAUUCCAAUACUCAAUUACGAGAAAUGAUGCAAAACCCAGAAUUUCUUCGUCAGUUGACUUCUCCUGAGACAAUGCAGCAAGUUUUGUCUUUGCAGCAAUCACUUCUGUCCCAACUUGGUCGUCAACAAUCUGCACAGGAGCCUGGUCAUACCAGUGGAGGCACAGGAACACCAAACAACAUGGGAUUGGAGUUGUUAAUGAACAUGUUCGGUGGGCUUGGUGCAGGCAGUUUGAGCACUCCCAACACAUCUAAUGUGCCACCAGAACAACUUUAUGCUACUCAACUGUCACAGCUCCAAGAAAUGGGUUUCUUCGACACUCAAGAGAAUAUCCGUGCAUUAAGUGCCACUGCAGGGAACGUUCAUGCUGCAGUGGAGCGACUCCUGGGGAACCCGGGUCAGUAAUUUGUUAUGUUUAUUGUUUGAUAUGUAGUCUGCGUUUACUCAUGUGAACCUGUAGGAUUAGCCAGUUUGGAUCAGUGUCUUCUAAAGACAGCGGAAAGUGCGGGCUCAUCCCUAUUCCAUUUUGGCCGUGAAUAAAAGUAUAAUGUUAAAAGAGUCGUAAACAAGAUGUAGGCUAUGAAUUAUUGAACUAUUUGCCCCUCUGCCCCUCCCUUUUAAGAGAGAAAUCGGAAGACCUGUGAUCUUUUGUACAUACACACUUUUAAGGUUGGUUUUGUGAAUUGUUUGUCAAAUUUCUUUUCUACUUUUCUGUUGUUUGGAUCAA